AACCCGUUCAUCUUGGAUAAAAAAAAAAAAAAACAACUUGUCAAGUGUGAACAACUUUGAACAACUUUGAACAACUUGUCGCAAGUCAAAUAAGGGUGCAGACCAAAAAGAAAAAAAAAAUGCAUCUCAACCGUAUGGAUUAUCAAAAGAAUAUUUGUGCGUGUCACAAUAAUUGUAAACAUUUGAACAAAUAUAAAUGUGAUUCUAAAUGUGAAUGAAGAAAAAGAAAUAAAUUGUAAGUAAAAAGCUAAAGGAAAGGUGGGGGUGAGUGGGGGGUGAGAAAAUCGAAAAAAGUAACUUAGGGAGUCCAUGAUACGAAACGAGGGAGGUUUGUUAAAAGACGAAGAUGCCGCUUCCGAGUAUUCUGAGGAAAGCGAGCAGUUACAUCCUAGGCGACGGCAGCCAGGAUGAACGUCGUACAAUUUAUCAGGAUGGUGAAGCAUUGUUUUGUAAGAACAAUGUUUGUGUACAUCCGCCAACUUUGACGCGUCAAAAUUCUGACGUGGUGCAUCACCCUGGUUACAUGACCAUAACCUGUAAGUUUAAUAAAAAUUCUGACGUGCCAACUUUGCAUCUCAGUUGGAUACCUAAUUCUACUUUACGCAAACAUCCGACUACAUUGGAGAGUUUGAACGUAAGGAAAUUGGAGAGUAUUGUGAGUCAUCGUGACUCUGAGAUUGGUGAGUCUUGUCAUGUAAAGAUUCCUGAAUUGGGAGAGAAACGUUAUGAGAGUAUUUGCGAUAAAGAAACUCUAGAAGAAAGAGUUGACGUUUGUUUGGAAGCUAAAGAACCCAUUAGAUGUGGUGAUUGUGAACGAGUAUGUUCAGGAGGAUUUUCUACUGGGAUACGUAUUACAGAGGAAGACAAUUUUUCUCAUGACAUUGGGGAAUUUCGAAAUAAGAAAAAAAUUAUUCAAUGUAGAAACUUAGUCAAUGGGGAAGCUAAAGGAAAUAUCUGUGAUGCUGCUAUGGGAGUCAUUAGAAAGGACAGGGAUCAUAUGAUCAAUCGUUUUCAUUCUGAAUCCACGAAUGAUGCAGAAAAAUGUAAAGAUACUUCUGAGAACAUGGAAGAAGAUCGAAUACAUUUAUGUUAUGAUAAUGUAAGCAUCAAGAGUCGUAGUAUGUCCCUGACUUCAACUUGCAGUCUUUCGAUAUCUGCCCAUACCGAUGAAGAAAUACCUUCAUGGAUGAGAUCCCCUGAACUUCUAGCACUGCAACACAAUCUAACAUUUCCUGAAAGUGCUACUGCAUCUCCUGUUACGUUGAGAAGAGCUCAUCGAUGUCGAAGAUUUUCCGUUGAUCUUAGCGAAAUGCGGUCCUUGAGGUUGUUCUUUGCAGAUCCAGCUUGUACCUGUGGACAAUUGGUAGUUGCAAGUAGAGAAAGCCAAUACAAAAUUUUACACUUUCAUCAUGGUGGAUUAGAUCGGCUUGCUGCUACUUUGCAUCAAUGGCAUCAAUUACUUUAUCCAAGAUUGGAUGCUGAUACGGAAGAAACUCUUCCUUACAAGCAUUUUAUGGUUUGCCGACCUGAAGUAAGCCGCGAUGAAUUGCAUCCUGAAGAAGGACAGGUUCCAAUGAUCACGUCAUUGGCAUGGAAAGAUUUGUUAAAUGAAAAGGGACAAGUAGAGGAUGAUUUGGCUCUUCGUAAAGGAAUAUUUUUUGGAGGAUUGGAACCAGCCUUAAGAAAAAUUGUUUGGCCUUUCCUCUUACAUUGUUAUUCUUAUCAAAGUGCUUACGAAGAUAGAGAACAAAUUGAUGCACUUAGGAGACAAGAAUACGAUGAUAUUCAGAAACGUAGAUUGAACAUGAAUCCUGAACAGGCUGAACGUUUCUGGCGAAAUGUUGUUUGUAUUGUGGAAAAGGAUGUUGUUAGAACGGAUAGAGGAAAUCCAUAUUACGCUGGAGAGGAUAAUCCAAAUAUCGAGGUUAUGAAAAAUAUUUUACUAAAUUACGCUGUUUACAAUCCCCGUUUGGGAUACACACAAGGAAUGUCUGACUUGUUGGCUCCAUUGUUAGCUGAACUUAACUCAGAAAUUGAUGCCUUUUGGUGUUUUGCUGGACUGAUGCAAAGAUCUGUAGCCGUGUGUACACCUACUGAUAUUGAUAUGGAUAGAAAUUUGUGUUAUCUAAGAGAAUUAAUUAGAAUUAUGGUACCAGAUUUCUAUAUGCAUCUACAGAAACAUACUGAUGCCUUAGAAUUAUUGUUUUGUCACAGAUGGAUCCUCUUAUGUUUAAAACGUGAAUUUCCAACGGAAGUUGCUCUAGUCAUGUGGGAAGCUUGCUGGGUCAAUUAUUUGACGGAUCAUUUUCAUUUAUUCCUUUGCUUAGCCAUAAUGUGCGUUUAUGCAGAGGAUGUAAUAGCGCAAGAUCUUAGAACCGACGAAAUGCUGUUGCAUUUUAGUUCAUUAGCUAUGUACAUGGAUGGAAAUUUGAUAUUAAGAAAGGCACGUGGUCUUCUUCACAAUUUUCGUCAACUCUUACGUUUGCCUUGCACGUUAGCUGGACUUUGUCGUCAAUGUGGUCCAGGAAUGUGGGAUAGCAGUCAUGAUCCGGUAAUCGAAUGUAUUGGUCAUGAAGAUGCACCAUGUCCUUAUUUGGAUAACUAUGAUUAAACGACCUAAUUUUAUCCAACAAUUACAUACUACAAUUAUACAUGCUUUACCGGAUUUGUAAUGAAAGUAAAUUUAUCCACGUUAAAAACAAAACAAAGCCAAUGGAUAAUCGAAUGCAUUUUCUAGUUUGUACAAAAAUUCAAUCUGCCUCUGAAUGUUUUCAAUAUGUCGGAUAUAAAAUAAUGGUCCAUGUUUAAACAUGCAUUCGAUUAAAUUACAUGUAAUAUCAAUAUUUAGUCUAAUCUGAUCGAAAAAUACACACAUAUCCUAU